GGCACAUAACAAUGGCAUUGAGUGUCACCAAAACUUUGCGGAUUUGCCGCAUUAGUCCACUUGUUGGCUUCAAGCCCGGGGCUGGUGUUGUGUAUCAUCCAUCUGUUGAAGAGGCUUUUCACAAUGACCGUGUUCGCCAGAAGCGCGCUAUGCAAAAGGGUUACGAGUUGCCUAAAAUUGAAGGCCAGCCUUUGUACAACGGUUUAGAUUCUUCCAAGACUGUAGAGAAUGAGUGGGAAUCAAUUAACAAGCGUAGAUAUCCCAUGACUGGUGGUUAUGAUCGUUUUUGUUACCGUUUACCACAAGUCAAUGCUUUCACUGAGGACGAAUUGGUUAAAUUUUUUGAUGCCAAGGAUUACUUGAAUCGAUUUAGUUUAUCUGAGAUUUGGAGAUCUGGUAAGCAUAGGCUUACUUGCAUUCUUGGUAUAUACCUUGGUUUCCUUGCUCCUUUUAUAUUUGUGUGGGCUGAGGGUUUAUGGCGUAAUCGUUUGGAGCCUAUGGAGCCUGCGAUACCACUUGAUGAUUACUUUAAGCACUAUGUAUGGCAUCAAGUUGGUCAUAAAAUAGAUCACCAUGCAUAUCAACAGUACUGCGAGGCUCGUCGCACUAAUAAGUGGAGGAACCCUGAUAUAAACCCUGAGGACUACAUUCCUCCUGAGUUUAGGAACCUCCAAUCAUUUGACGGUAUCAAAUUGUGAUGUAAAAUGUCACGUGUUAUAAAUUUGUUUAAAGUAUAU